CACGCACGAUGCAUUACAGUCUGCACAUACUCCUAUGCUACAUAACAUUGUGGAAUUUGUCGAGUAUUGGAAGUGCUGCCAAAAGCACGAUCAAUUCCGACAUUUUGACGACCUUCGCUAAAAACGUCGCUUCCGCACUGACACCAACUCUAUUCGGGGAUUUUCCGGCUAACCGAGCUAACAGAUCAUUUUUCGAAAUAUCAUCGGUCACUAAAACUGAAGAGAUUCCAAGAUUAUUUCAAAGUACCAAAGACAAAAUUGACCAGCCUGCAACAACUGAAAUUUACCGAGAAGAAAGCAACGCUAAUAAACCCAAUCGUUUAUCAAACGUCAGAAGACAGGCUGAUGAUUUUUACAGUCCUUACGAGAGACCAAAUUAUCCAGACAAUGUUGGUUAUCGACAAUCUCAAUUUUACGACUCUUACAACGGCCCAAAUAAUUAUUUUCAACCAAUCGGUCGAGAUGAUAGGACCAACUUACGUGGAAGUUUGAAUCUAGGUCGUCCUGUAAAUACUAGGAAUUUUGUAAAUAAUGAAAAUAUCGAAUCACCAGAUCGUUUCGAUUCUAUUUAUCGAUCUCACGAACAAAUCUCGAACGAUAGAAAUUUGGGAAGACCGUUUAAUGGUUUUAACGAAUUCAAUGGUUACUCAUCUUUCGAAGAUCGACGAAGAGGUAAUCUCAGAUAUCAUCACAGUCCAUUACCAAUCGAUGGACAUUACUUUGGACCUUUUGGAUUUGGUCCACACGUUCCUUAUCAUCAUCCCCUAGGUUACAAAUAUCCGUAUGGUUAUCAUGGCCGGCGACCAACUACAGAAUCCAAUAAUUCUAGCGAGAAUAACAAUAGUAAGGAAGAAACUAAAGAAGAAAAUGGGUCGGAUCGUCCAAAAUCUGAUGAUCGUCGACCAAUUUAUGGAGGCUAUAAACCCUUCUAUGAUUUUCCUCCACCUUACAAAUUCGGUCCAGGCUAUUAUCAUCAUAGAGAUUACAAUGAAAGUUCCGUCGAUCAUCGUCAUUAUCACGAUCCUUAUUAUCACAAGUAUUAUGAUUAUCCAUAUUACGAUGAUUUUUAUCCUGGUCCUUAUGGUUAUGGUCCGAAACCGAAAAAUGGUAAUAAAAAUAAUGGCAAUAAUAAUGGUGGAGGAAAUUCUGAGACACAGGUGAACAAAGACGCGGAAACUAUUUCAGCGAGUGAGAAAGCGGAGAAAACGAUCGAUGCUUCCAAUUUAGAAUACAAAAUCAAAAUUCCAACAACUCCCUUCGAAGAUGGAUUAGAAAAUAAACGAAUCGUCGAUGAUGAAGUAGAUCAUAUCGAUCCUAAUGCUUAAUUUAUCAAGAAAAAUUCGUCAUCUUUCUCAUAAUGUAUAUUUGUAUUCAAGAAAAUGAUCUU